AUGCUCAAUUUUUUCAACGAAGUGCAGGAUACGCCGGAUCCGGGACCUAAGACCUAUAUUUGUUUCGGUCUCUACAAUGCGCCACAUCUGGCAUCAACUCCAUUGCAUUUGGACGUGUCCGAAGCUGUAAAUUUCCUGCCGCUUGUUAGGCCACCUGAUUUCAUGUCAAGAGAAGAAAUUAGAGAGGUUCUAGCUGUUGAAAAGCGGCUGCAGUUGGAAGGUUUUGACGAAGAGCAGAAAAUGCGUGCCCUUCGAGUGCCGGAGAAAGCUGGUGCGAUCUGGAAAAUUUUCCAUCCUGAUGACAAUGAAAAAUUACGUGCCAUUAUAAAUGACUGGAAAAAAAUGAGGGAAUUGAAUGCCGCUUAUUUGUGCAGAAUGAAGGAGAUGUAG